AUGGAAGUUUACAAAAGCGUUUACGAUUUGAUGCUCUCCAAAGCAAUUGGCUACGGCUACGUUGAACAACAAGUUCUUGAUAUUCUAACUGAAAGUCAUGAUCGGGUCGAACUAAGCAUGUUCAAAAAUAUUCCAGAUGCGGAGAGAUAUUGGAUGGCAGAGCGAUGGACCUGGGAGACACUUUUUGCCGAUGAGCUGGAUAAAUUUCCAGGAGAAAAACCCAAAUGGAAGAGAGUGACCAAUUAUUUAAAGCACAAAUCACCAGCGGCGGGAGAAACACCAAAAAACACUCAGGUCGAAGCCAGUGAUUCAUCUACAUCGCCGAAUUCAAAAUUCAAAAAUUGCCUUGCUGCGCGACUACAGAAUCUGGGCGGCAACACUUCUGAAGUUAAAACUUCUGUGCCAAAAAGAAUUAUUUGCGUACAUACAUCUCGCGAGGCAUCUAGCUGCAUAAAAGCUACAAAACCAGCAACCAAACUGCCACCAACUUCAUCAACAUCGUCUCCUUCACAGAUAGAGUCAAACAAACGACAGAAGCUCACAGAAAACUCUGAAGUCGCCAGUGAGGAGGAUCCCAAGCUUCCGGGAGGACUUUCGACCACAUCCUCUCCACUUGCAGAUGUAAAACGCCAGAAGAAAGCGCCAGCCCCUAAAACUAAGAGAAUUUCGGUGACCGAUGGACAAGAGGUUCAGUGUACUUCUGCCAUUCAGGAAACCAUUUCGAGGAUAUAA